AUGGACGCACGAUUGCACCCAGGCUUCAUGCUCCUGGUCAUGGCUGCCCUCUCUUUGGCCUCUCCACAGCGGGUUCUCAUCGAUCCGCAGGGAGCUCCAGAGUACGCUCACUCCAUCCGCCUGGACGGGGACAUCAUCCUGGGAGGCCUGUUCCCAGUUCACUCCCGGGGUGACCGCGGUACCCCCUGCGGAGAACUGAAAAAGGAGAAAGGCAUCCAUCGCUUAGAAGCCAUGAUGUUUGCCAUAGACCUGAUCAACAAGGACCCAGAGUUACUCCCAAACAUCACUCUUGGGGCCCGAAUCUUGGAUACGUGUUCGCGGGACACCUAUGCUCUGGAGCAGUCCCUCACCUUUGUGCAGGCCUUGAUCGAGCGAGACGGAUCAGACGUUCGCUGUGCCAAUGGGGACCCGCCGAUCUUCACCAAACCGGAUAAAAUAGUAGGGGUGAUCGGAGCUGCGUCCAGCUCUGUGUCCAUCAUGGUGGCCAACAUCCUGCGCCUGUUCAAGUGGAACGAAAAAAGGUCCGAAGAUUCCCCUUAG